AUGCAGAUAGAAAAAAAUUACGUACCUAUCCGAGAACACUUUACAGUCGAGUGUUCCAUACACUGCCCCGAUAUACUUGUGGUAUCGGUUGGUCGUCAUGCCGAACUUCGUGCCGAUUGGACGUGGGCUUCUCAUCCAAUCCUGAGCGACUCUGACGAAAUCACUGAAUGUGAUCUCGAAGUCGUUGAUCUCCACAUUUGGGUGACGGAGCAUCUUCAGUGGCUCUGCGAAUUGAGGCUCUCCAUAUUUUGGUUCUGGAAGAAUCAACGCCAUCGUGUCGGUGUCGGCGCUGGUGAUCCGGUUGUUGAGGAUUGUGUCUUCUGGAUGAUCCGGGAAGAUGCACAUAUGUUUGAGUGGGAAGCAUUCUGCCAGGAUGACUUGACGAACGGCUUGGAGGACUUGCAGAGUUUGAUCGCGGAAGACCAUUUUGUUGACCUUCAGCUGCAGAUUCUUCGGGAGACCUGA